GAAGAGCAAAAACAAAAGACUUAUCAAAAAACAAGAACAAGAAUCAGAUGCAGCCACGAAAAAUACAACAACACACCUAACAAAAAAUGACUCUCAUUUCUUCGCUCUGUUCCUUCCCUCCAAUUCACUCUUCUCCUUCUUCCGCCUUUCCAAAUUCCGCAUCAACAUUCUCAAAUCACAACACCAUCUCCAACUUCAAACCUCAAAUCCAAUCCUCAUCUUCUUCUACAAACGUUUGCACCCAAAAAAUCGACACAUCCUUGAUCACCAUCGCCGAAUCUUUCUACGAUGAUGAACUCUGGGCAGCUUCCUCCCUCCGUAUCCGUUCCUUCAAUGAAUUCCGUCCCGAUACAUAUGGAGUCCAAGAUCAUGCGAAAUACUUGACUGAGCGUGAGUUUGAAGCAUUGAAAGAGCGGAUUUCAGGGAAGAGGAUUGGUUUUAGAAGAGUCUCUUGCAUAAAUGCUUCUCUUCCUGUGUCUCAUAUAUCAGGCAUCUAUGAUGAUUUAUGUUCUUCAUGUAAGUUUUCUACUUUUGGAGAAGACAGGAUAGUAGUUGGUUCUCUUGAUCUGAAUCAGUGCUUGAGUCUUCCGGAUGAAAUUGUAGGGAUGAAGCCAAAGGCUAGCGGAGCUGAUACUACAAGGGCGUACCUCAGCAAUGUGUGUGUUGCGCGAGAGUUGCACAGAAAUGGUUUGGCCUAUGAUCUUCUCGAAAAGUCAAAGUUAGUUGCUCGUAAUUGGGGCAUAACAGAUUUAUAUGUCCAUGUUGCCGUUGACAAUGAACCAGCAAAAAAAUUGUACAUGAAGAGUGGGUUUGUCUACGAGAGUGAUGAACCUGCAUGGCAGGCCAGGUUUCUUGAUAGACCGCGAAGACUUCUGCUAUGGAUGGGGCUUUCAGUCUCCUAAUUUAACGGUGUUGUCGGGUAUCCUGUGUUAAUAUGGUUCUGUUCUGUCUAUUCUUUUUAAGUUAUUUUCCGAACAGUCCCGCAUUGCCUCAUUAGUUUUCCUUCCUUUCAUUUCUAAGCCGUAAAUAAAUCCGGCGGCUGACAAUUAAAGAUCCAUUGUAAGAAAUGAAUUAUGAAACACAUUGGUAGCUUUCCUUUGAUGAUUACUUUUACAACAAUUUCAACAAAUACCAGUAAUCAUAUACAAACAUGAUCAUGUCACAGAUGCAUUGGUUCUGAUAUUUUUCUCUCUUGUUGUUUCCCUUCCUCCACAGUCGUCCAACCUCCGUCUGUAAUUAUAUCUUUUUAGACCGCUCUCUAUCGGCACUGUUACUUUUUCUGGUUAAUCUUUUAUGUUUGCCACAAUUGUCAUGCCAUCGAAGAUCUAGUUGUGAUGAAACUUUUGAAGCAGAUAACUCAAGAUUUUAUCCUUGCAUUUUGUGAAGGUUGGGUCAAGGACUUUGUGGUCAAGGGUUCUGCUUGUUUCUGAUAAUAUUGAGAAGAAUAUGAGCUUAAUAUGUAACAGAAGUGACAGAGCUCUCAAAUCUAUUAAUAAGUAUUUAUAUUUCAAAAACUGAACAUUACGUGUUAUCUAUCUUUCAACUAAAAUAAUCUUAAGAACCGUCAUUUUAUUAUGGUUCAAGUAGAGAAUAUAGUUCUUUAGCUGUAAAAAAAGAAAAAGAGUAGGUUGAAGACUUAUCAUAAUACCAUAGAGAAAAAAAGAGCUCUUUUGUCCUCAAAAUCUUCCAUGUUUAUAGAUACUUGAAAAAAUGACAUCAUUCCAAAAAUUUAGGUUAACAACACCACCAAAUAACAUAGUGACUUUUGAUGUUAGACAAAUCUUCCAACAAUAUAAAAGUCUCAAAGUGUGAGAAAAGAAAACUCCCUAGAGAGGACAAAAGGUAACCCAAUGUAAAAAUUGUAGGCAAAAUUUUUUUCUCCAGAGUGACUCACA